AUGCCUGGAAUCGCUCCUCCCCGUCGACCUCAGCGUCUACCAAGUCUUGGAGCUAAGACUCCUGGUUCUUUCAAGCAAAUGCCUCGUCCAGCCAAAAGAUCAGAAUGUGGCUGCGACGCCCCAAGUUUCGAGGUCAUUGACGGUGCCAAGAUUUGCUUGAAUUGUGGUACCCAAGUCAGUGAGCAAAACAUUGUUGCAGAAGUCACUUUCGGAGAGUCAUCAUCUGGUGCAGCGACCGUUGAGGGUGGUAUUGUCAACGAGAACUCACGACACGCAAAGACCUUGGGUGCCGCUGCCGCCCGCCGAUUAGGUGCUUCGAUGCAGAGCAGAGAGGAUAGUGAGAACAAUGGUCGGGAGUCAUUGCGCUUGUUCACUGCAAGAUUGCCCAUCCCUCCUGAUGUCUCGGACAAAGCUAUGGGUAUCUGGAAACUUGCCUCCAACAGCAACUUCACACAAGGUCGUCGUGCAGAUGAGGUAGCCGGUGCUUGCCUGUACAUCGCCUGUCGCAACAAGGCCGAAAACACAAUCUUACUCAUGGAUAUCGCUGAAGUCAUCUCGGUCAACGUCUUCAGUCUGGGUGACACCUACAAGGGUCUGCUGGCGAACCUCUUCGUGGAUUUCAAGGAAACAACCAAGAUGAUUGAGAUUGAGCCUUUGAUUCUAAAAUAUGCUAGCAAGCUUGAGUUUGGUGAAAAGACUCGCCAGGUUGCCGAGGAUGCUGUCAAGAUUAUCCGCCGCAUGAAGAGAGACUGGAUUGUCACUGGAAGACAUCCGGCUGGUCUUUGUGGUGCUUGUCUUAUCCUGGCUGCACGCAUGAACAACUUCCGUCGCACAGUCAGAGAAGUCGUCUUUGUUGUCAAAGUUGCUGACAUGACCAUCUCAAAACGUCUGGAAGAGUUUAAACGCACCCGUGCUGCCCAUCUCAAAAUUGACGAGUUCCGUGAAAAGGGUGUGCGAAUCAGAGAGCAAGCAGACCCACCCGCUAUGCUAGAGGCAGAACUCAGAAAGCAAAAGCACAUCAGGGCACAACUGAAACGCAAGGCCUACGAAUUGAGCAGAGAUUCAUCCCGUCAAUCAUCUACAGCCCUUGAGACAGGUUCCUCUUCACAAGCCGAGGCAGCACAGAUUGCAAAGCGACAAAAGGUGUCGAGCGCUCGCAGUAAUGCUGUAAUUCAAGCUGCAACUCAACAAUCACAAUCUCGCCGUGAUGCAGACGGCUUCGCAAUCCCCGACCUGCCUUUGGACCCUGCACUUCGCCGCAGUGCCAGCGUCCUCUCAGAUACACAAGCCAAUGCGCAACCCUCCCCAACACCCGAACCUACCGAUAUUGUCAAAGUCAAGAAUGCACGCAAGAAGAAGGAAAAGGUUGCACCACCACCUCUUACAGAUGCCGACUUCAUGGCCGAGGAAGAACUUGAGGGAGAAAUCCAAAACAUCCUCCUCGAACGUGAAUGUAUUUCCUCCAAGGAACAAGCCGAAAAAGAGAAGAUUGAAGAACGCGCCAAGAUGCUCGCAGAACAACAGCGCGCUGUCAUUGUCCAACAAAACGCCCUCAGACUGGAAGCCAUGGGCCGCAGUCACUCUCUUGUUUCUGACUCUGAAAUUAUCGGUGAGGAUGAGUUUGCUGAUGAUCCUGAAGUCGCCAAUUCCCUUCUCAGUGAAGAACAAGUCCGAGUCAAGGAAAUGAUCUGGGUCGCUCACAACGAAGACUGGCUUCGAGCACAACAAGCCAAGCAACUCAAAAAGGCACUCGAAGAAGCAGAAGGCAAGGACAAGAAAACCAACAAGCGCAAAAAGCGAGGUCGUAUGGGUGAUGGUACUGUUCUUACUGAUGCAGGGACACCUGUCGAGUCUCCUGCUGAUGCGUCUCUGCGGAUGUUGGAGAAGAGAGCACCAAAAGGUUUCUCGCAACGAGUCAAUUAUGCUGCAUUGGGCAAAAUCUAUGGUGAUCGUAGACAUGGAGAGUCGAGAGCUGGGUCAGAAGCUUCUACUCCUGCGCCGGAGAGCGUGCGUGCUGGAACGCCUUCUACACCUUCUCAAUCACCAGAGGCUGAACAGAGUGGUCUUUUCACACCAGCUGCUACACAAGUGUCUACUCGACCAGAAGUCUCACCAUCGAUCCAUGAGACUAUCGAACAAGCCGUGCCUGCAGCAGAGGAAGCAGACGAAGACGAGGAAGGGGAAGAAGACGACAAUGACUACUGGCCCGAUGAGGAAGCUCAACCCGCCUCUCCAGAUCCUGAAGAUGAAGCAGAAUUCGACGCUGCCACUGGAGAUGUAACAGGAAACUUUGGCAUUGAAGAAGAUGACUAUGCUGCUGAAGAAACCGAGGUUUGGGAUUGA